CAUCAUCCAUCAAAAAGUCAAGACAACUUUCUACAAACCAUGACUACAACAGCGGCUCAACCCGUAGCCCCGUUGAUCAGUGCCAACAUUCCCGAGAAGAUUGUCUUCUGUGUCGAUGCAAGUCCCGAGACGCUCGAAAAGAUGAUGGCGAACAAUCAUGACAAAACCAGCCUGAACUACUUCCAGACAGGCUUGCGGCGAUUCGUGCAAAUCAAAAGCACUUUCAGUCCGUCGCACGAAUACGCUAUCGUGACGCUGACAGACCGCGCAUCAUGGUUUGCCCCGCUGACCAACAACGUACAAGCAACGGUGAAGGCCAUUCAUUCAAUUGUGCCCAAAUCCGAGCCAUGCACAUCGUUUGACAUGCGCUCCGUAUACGAGACCGUAGCGGCCAACAUUCCUCCGCCAACGCGCGUCGAUAACUCUUGGUCGUACGUUGUACGCGUCAUUGUGCUGUACGCACGAUCUGCCACAAUCCCCCAUUUUUCCGGAGGCGAGCAGGCUUCCGCAUCUGUCCACCGACCAUGGCUGUUUUGCGACUAUGUGCUUUUGCAUCGCAGGCAUGAGCACGCCCAGAGCAUCUUUGACUCCUUUUUCGAGUUCAACAAGAUUGCUCAGCCCUCGCAGUACUACUUUGAAGUUCAUCUCGCCCGCAAGUUUUACACAGCCCUGUGCCUGCUGCUUGGGCAUGCAUUACAACGUCCGUCACAGCUCAUGCAAGCAAAGCAGACGGAACAAAGCUCCAUGUCUGAGCCACUACCAGUGGCCGCAUCUCAAGAGCCCUCCAUGCAAAACUCGCGAGCUCAUUCGGUGGAAAAUCUCACCACUCUGCCGACUGAAGCCCCCGGUCAGGCGAUGGACACUGCGCCGCUGGGUCACCAGCAUCCACAUCAACCAAUCAGCCAAGGCAUGCAAAUGCUCCCCACAGAAGAGCCGGCAACAGUGCACCAACAUCAACUGCAGUCGCAAGCAGCGUUGUUCGGUGGAGCAAACUUCUCGGAAGCGGAUCAGCAUCUUUCCGAGGAAUUGCGAGCAACAAGCUAUGAAGCUCCUCAAACUGAAGCAAACAAUUUGCAACCGCAACAACAGGAAUCACUAAUGGUUCUUGAAUCGCCUCCACCAGCACCCGCAGCAGCAGCAGCAGCAAUGCCAAUGCAAUUCAUCAAUCCUGCUGCACUAGCGAUGCUUCAGAGGCAGCAACAGUCUGGCAACUAGGUGUAACAAACCAACUGAUCCAACUGAAGACACACAAUAAAAACGUCGAAGGCAAGGAGA